AUGGCAAAGUCAAGGGGUUUCAUUUUAACCAUUAUUUUAAUUAUGUUUUGUCAAGGUGUGCAAAGUCUGCGAUUAAAUAGAAUAAAUAUUCCACAAUAUAAAUUUCGAGGAGAAAACGCAAUCCUUGAAUGCGACUAUGAGCUUAAUGGAAGUAGAGAUUCCGAUGGCGAUGAAGACAUCGAUAAUUCACAUUUUAAUUAUCAGGAUGGAGAUGUCGAGACUUUAUAUUCUGUGAAAUGGUAUAAGGAUGGAGAAGAAUUUUAUCGAUAUGUUCCAAAAUCAAAUCCUCCACAAAAUAGUUAUAAAGUUGAAGGAAUAAAAGUUGAUCAUCAAGCAUCAAAUAGCAAAAAAGUUUAUCUCAAAGGCGUUACACUCAAAUCGACAGGGACUUAUCGCUGUGAAAUUUCUGCGGAAGAGCCUGAUUUCAAAACAGUAACGGGCGAACAGAAGUUAGAAGUUAUUUAUCUACCCACAUCCGGUCCAGUGAUACAAGGCGAGGAGAAGCAAUAUCAAAUUGGAGAUAUCCUAAGUCUUAAUUGCACAUCCGGAAAAUCAUCACCGAGAUCUAUUUUAACUUUUUAUAUUAAUGAUGAGCCUGUUAUGAACAGCAAUUAUCUAACAAAUUACCGUGAUAUGUAUCAUGCACAUGGUUUAAUAACAUCAUCACUUGGUUUAAACAUUCCUGUCGAUGGAAGGCAUUUCUUCGAUGGCGUGAUGAGGGUACGCUGUGUAGCCAAUCUCUCACCAUUGUUACAGAAUGGCAGAGAGAGUGUACUUCAUAGACGAUUAUCAUCAAUGGAUAGUAGAGAAGCAAUGCUGCUUGUGAGGAGCAGCGCGUUGAGUCUAAAAAUGCCAAUUGCAAUUAUCCUUAUAGCAAUCUUACUAAUUAAUGUUUUAAUAAUAUAA